AUGCAUAGCCCUCCGUCCAUCCAUCAUCCCUCCUCCUUCUCGUUCCCCCUUCAGCGUUAUGCAUCCUUUUCAUUGCAGAUAUCUUCCAUCGUCUCUCUAAUUGGCCCACCACCGGUUUUCCGAGUGGAGGCUCACGCGCCGCAUCUGGUAGAUUCUCGCUCCCAAACAACGAACAUCCCGCCAAAGACCGAAGGAACGAGGGAGUCAUGUAUCCCGACACCGCCCACCCCGACGACGCCUUCGUGCAACAACGGCAACAACGACCAGGACAAGGCCCACGCCGCCGCCGCCGCCGCUGAAUCCGCGCCCAAGUGGCUGCCCAUCAGCGAGAAGGAGAGCGUCUUCCCCGGCAUGACGAAGCUCGACACCAUCGACGAGGAUCGCGUCAGAUUCCCCCGCCUGACAUACGUGCCCGCCAUCCUCAGGCUGCCCUCCAUGAUGGCCCUCGCCGCGCUGUGCGUCGCCAUGAUCGCCUGCCUCGUCGUCUCCGUCAUCUACUCCCCCGUCCGGCCCGGCCUGCUGACCUACGGCGAGACUAUCUACAGCGUAAAGUACUUCCUCUUCCGCCUGCUGCCGCAGAUCCUCGCCGCCGCCAUCUUCGUCUACGCGCAGUGCGUCGCCGCCACCACGCUGCGCAUCCUGCCCUUCGUCGCCCUGACUGAGGACGAGCCCCUGCGCCGGCGGAACGCCCUCUUCCAGGACCUUUACCCCAGGACCUUCCUCCUCCCCCACCUUGCCGGGCCGGCCCACGUCAAGGCGGCCCUAACCGUCUUGUGGGCGGGCGCCUUCACGAUCCCCCUCGCUAGCGCCACCUUCACCGUCAUCCUGAACGGCGAUGUCUGGUACUGGACCGCCGUGCGCGGCGUCGCCUGGACGCUGGCGGCCCUCUACGUCCUCAUCGCCACCGCCGUCGUCGUCCUGGCGCUAUUCUGGCGCGGCCGCAUCACGGGGCUCAUCUGGGACCCGCGCUCCAUCGCCGACUUCUCCGUCAUGAUCAGCCGGAGCAACACGCGCGAGUCGUACCGUGGCUCCGAGGUCGCUGAGGACCGCAACGCCCUGCGCCGUAUUCUGCGGAACCGCAUCGUCGACCGGCUCGGCUACUGGAUGACGGACGACCACGGCUACGGCAACAACCAGGAUCUGACGCCCUGGUACGGUCUCGGCACCGAGCACUCGCAGGGCUACACGCCCUCAGACCACUACGACGUGAAGCACGAGUCGGACCGGCUUUCCGUCACCUCCCACCUCAUCGACGGCGCCGACGCCGCCGCCGCGGGCCACGACGACUACAUCCGCACCCUCUACCUCCCCUGGUGCUUGCGCACCGGCCAGGUCCUCUUCUUCGUCGUCGCUGCCGUCGUCCUCCUCACCGCCCUCCUCGUCGUCUCCUUCCUCCACCGCACCCGCCUAGUCGCCGGCUUCCGCCCGGGUGUCACUGCGGGGCCCUCGGACACCGCCUUCUCCGCCGCCAACUUCCUCUACAGCUUCGUCCCCAGCCUCGUCGGCCUGCUCCUCUACCUCGCCUUCCAGUCUCUCGAGCAGCACAUCCGCAUCCUCCAGCCCUGGGCCGACCUCGGCGCCAAGGACGGCGCGCCCGCCGCCCGCUCCGUUCUCGCCGACUACGCCGCCUGCCUCCCGCUGCAAUCCACCCUCCACGCGCUCCGCAACCGCCACUGGCGCGUCGCCGCCCUCUCCCUCCUGUCCUUCCUCCUCGCCUUCCUCCCGGCCCUCGCCGGCGGUCUCUUCAUGGCCCUCACCGCCGCACCGCCCGCCGACGUUCGCAUGUUCCCCAACGUGCCCGUCUACGCCGUCAUCCUCGCCCUCCUCGCCCUCUACCUCGCUGCCCUCGUCUCCCUGCUCUUCGGCCGCAACCAGUACCGCCUGCCCCACGCCGUCUCCUGCCCCGCUGAGAUCCUCUCGUUCCUCGCCAACGAGGACAACGCCAGCGACCCUGCGUUCCAGGCGGCACCGCGCUCCGCCGAGAAGCUGCGCGUCUACCUCGGCGCCGGUCCCGGGGUGACACGGGCGUCGACGGCGGCGCAGAGCACAUGGAUGUUCGGGUACUGGCCCGGCCGCGACGAGAGGCGGCUCGGCGUGAGGCGGCAGAAGCGCUUCACGGAGCGCAAGCCGUUUCACGAACGCGCGCCCUCGCGCCCUUCCAUGAUUUGA